AUCUUCCCCAUUCGUCAAGACCUUCUUUUGCUCCCCCAUUCUUCCCCGCAAACGCAACACAAGGCAGGCACUCUCAAUGUCGUACUCUGACUACGGUGACAAUGACCCGAUCUAUGGCGACGAUCUUGCGGACGAGGACCGCGAGUCGCGUCCACGACUUAUGCUGAUGGGGCUGAGGCGAAGCGGGAAAUCAAGCAUUCAGCGCGUGGUCUUUCACAAGAUGUCCCCCACGGAGACACUGUUCCUCGAGAGUACUUCAAAGAUCAACAAGGACAAUAUCCACUCAUUCAUAGAUUUUCAGGUGUGGGACUUCCCUGGUCAAAUGGAUUUUUUCGAUCCCACGUUCGACACAACGGCCAUCUUUGGCGAGGUUGGGGCGCUGGUCUUUGUGAUCGACUCUCAGGACGACUACAUGGACGCUUUGGUAAGGCUGCACUCGACUGUUGUUGCUGCCUACCGUGUGAACCCAAACAUCACGUUCGAGGUCUUUAUCCACAAAGUCGACGGACUGUCGGAAGACUACAAAAUUGAUACCCAAAGAGAUAUUCAGCAGACGACGACGGACGAGUUGGCAGACGCUGGAUUGGAGAAUGUGCAGCUGGCAUUCUAUCUGACAUCGAUCUACGACCACUCGAUCUUCGAAGCCUUCUCCAAGGUUAUCCAAAAACUCAUCCCACAGCUGCCCACCCUCGAGAAUCUGCUCAACAUUCUUUGCGCGAACUCUGGCAUUGAAAAGGCGUUCUUGUUCGAUGUGAUUUCGAAGAUCUACAUUGCCACGGAUUCGUCUCCUGUGGACUCGCAGUCUUACGAGAUUUGUAGCGACAUGAUUGACGUGAUCAUCGAUAUCUCGUCUAUAUACGGACGGGCAGCCAUUGGAGCCAAGAGCCAGGCCUAUCUCGAAGAUCAGCAGGACGCUCAUGAUGACUGGACGAAUGUACAGGAUGAUCACAAAAAUAGCAAUGGGGCCAGCAACGGUCAGCGUGGAGGUGCAAAUGACAAUCAAUCACAGACGGUGGUUAGCACUAGCAGUCGGGCAGGAUCUUUGAACAACCAGCCAACGGCGACACAGAAUGGCAGCAACCACGAGGCGUUCUCGGUGAUCAAGCUUGGCAAUGGGACAGUGUUGUAUUUGCGGGAGGUUAACAAGUAUCUGGCGCUGAUCUGUUUGUUGAGGGCGGAGACGUUUGAGAAACAAGGGCUGAUCGACUACAAUGUGCACUGCUUCAAGGAGGCGAUGGACCAGGUAUUUGAGCUGAAGAGGGCAGAACGAACGAGAAGGGAGAUGGAGGCGCACCGGAUGAUGGAGCAGCAACAGCGACAUAAUGGAAUGUAUGGACAUGGAUAAGGCACUUCAAAAAAGUUGAAAGAAAAAAAAUAAAAAAAAAAAUAAAGCAAAGCGCCCCAUCAUGUUUACUGCCAUAUGCGUAAAAUGAUAAUAGGUUGCUCGCAAUUGCAUUUCCACGGUA